UAUUCUGGACAAGGGGGUGCAUGGGGGAAACAUGGCCGCCGUAGACCCAUCGGAGUCUCCAAAACGACAGAAAUCCCCUGCGGGGGAGGUGCAAACAUCUGGGAAGAAGACCGAGGCGGUGCAGUCGGGAUGCACCUCAAAUCGGAAAGAUGAAACAACACCUAUUAAAACCACGGAGAGCCCCAAUAUUGAGCAGAGAGUCAAUGUUGGCAUCGACGGCGGUCGUAUUGCCAGCCAUUCCGAGGUUAGUGUCGAGUCCGGUGCUGGAACCGACAAAACGACAUGCAAUUUACCGGACGACCUAACAUCGACUGAAAAAAUGACCGAGGCUCCUGGCAGCGACCAGCGGGCUUACGACUGGUCCGAAACUGAAGACGACGAAGAAGAGCCGAAAACACUCAAGCAGGAAAAUAACAAGCGUGACUACAAUAUUGUUACCGAGAGGGCUCAAGAGGAGCAGCGGGAUGCGCGAGUUGGUGAUAAUGUUACAGCUGCUGCAGAGAAAAACUCACAUUCUGAGGAGAAGAUCCCAGUGAAGGAACUGGCAAAGGAGCUAGUUGGAGAAAUUGAUGGGAUAGAGGAUGUGAUUGAAGACGAUGAGGAGGCAGAGCGAGAGCAGGACGCUGACAUGACAGCUAAGCCAAAAAAGUGCCGUUUGGUGUGCAAGGAGUGUGGGAAGAUGUUCAACCGGCGUGAGACAUUCAACCUUCACCGCCACUUUCACGCACACGAGGAUGAACUCACGCCGCUAACCUGUAAAGAAUGCGGCCUUACCUUUCAGCACCGCAGCAGCCUCAUUAAACACAGAAAUGAACAUAAAGAGAAGGAGGAGCAGCUAGUUACUCCAAAGAAGGAGAUGCAAACAGUGGAGGAGGGUAGUUUUCAGUGUGCAGAAUGUGAGAGGAUUUUCUCAACAGUGGAUAAGCUGAGGGACCACAACUGCUGCAAUAUAGUAGAAAAGCCUUACCACUGCCCGCUGUGCCGCCAAGAGUUCCAGUUUAAGGUGUCUGUCACAAAGCACAUGAUGACCCACUCCCAGGAGAACAUUUUUACAUGCCAAGAGUGCAGUCAAACCUUCCCAAACAACAUGGCCCUGCGCUACCACCAGCGAUGUCACACCGCCCUAAAACCCUAUAAAUGCCCCGAGUGCGGUAUGGUUUUCAAACACUACUCUGUCAUGGAAGACCAUCGUCGCAAGCACACAGACAGCACGCGCUCUCACCUGUGCAACAUCUGCGGUAAGACUUUCAAGUAUAGCAGCCUCCUCCAUCAGCACCAGUAUCUGCACACAGGCCAGAAGCCCUUCCGCUGCCCUGAAUGUGGCAAAAAAUUUGCUUUUGCUCAGAAUAUGAAGGCACACUGCCGCCAGCAUAGACUGCGUGAAACCAACUCCUCCACUGAGCAGCCCAGCAAGCAGGCCGCCGUGUCUGCGCAGGAGACAGUCAAGGGGCCGGAGAAAGAGAACACACACCAGAGUGAGGAACCUAAACGCACCUUCAACUGCCCCCUUUGUCCCCAGACCUACUGGGCACCAGCAAACCUAAGAGCCCACAUGCUUAUCCAUGAGGCAGAGUAUGAGAUGCUGGAAAGGACACCCAGACCUCCCACUGAGAUUAACAAGUACUGGGAUAAGGGACAUACCUGUCCCCACUGCCCGUGUGUUUAUCGUGAUGAAUCCAGUUUAAAUUCACAUCUGUUAAAUUUCCACAAGUCUGUAGCACAGUAUUUAGAAAAGGUGGCGGCACCACCUAAAAAACAAUUUACUCCAUUAAAUAGUGACAAUGUGCAGGGGAAAUGGAGAAGUGAUAGCAUUAGCAUUAAGUCCUACAAAUGUUCUGAGUGUGGAAAAACCUUCCGCCAUCGCUCAGUGUUGGAACUGCAUAUGCGCAUACAUUCCAAGGACAAGCCUUACCAGUGCAAAGUGUGUGGCAAGGGUUUUAGAUUCAGUAGCUACCUACAGCAACAUCUCAUCAUCCAUACAGGCAAGAAGCCAUACAAAUGUCCCGACUGUGGGAAGGACUUUGCCUUCCUGCAGAAUAUGAGAACACAUCAAAAGCUGCAUCAGGAAAAACCGUUCCGCUGCACAAGCUGCCGCAAAGGCUACAGCGAUGAGACCCAACUGCAGCACCAUAUGUUAUCACACAAUGGUGACAAACCUCAUAAGUGUGACCUGUGUGACAAGAGCUUUGGAUUAGCCUAUCUGCUACGUGAUCACAUGAACACACAUACAGGAGAGAGACCUCAUCGCUGUGAUGAGUGUCACAAAACCUUUUCCUGGUUUAGCAGCCUUCUAGUGCACCAGAAGAUUCACGCUCGCAAGCGCCAGGGUUUCAACCAGUAUAAUUCUUUCCCGAUGGGUGCUAGGAUGAGAGGCAGGGGUAGCCGGGGGAGGAGAGGGGGGAGACUUGUGUGGGGCUUGUCUAGACCAUUAGGAGGCUCAGGGAUGGUUAACGCUCAGCCGUCUUCGUAUCCAGUUUCUGUUCCGAGAGAUGCUGACUUGCACAGAAGGGCCGUCCAGCCACAGUCUUCCAUGCUCUCAUCUCGCAUGGAUUUACAAGGCAGACAGCAAAAGGAGCCAUGGCUGUCCGAACUACACCCUCAACCAGUGCAGUGGAAGGUGGACGGCGGAGAAGUAAUGCCUGUCCCGUCAUCACAGCAGCAACAUGUAGGUCCUCAGCAGACACAGUUUGACAGCCCACCACAGCCAGGCCUACAGCAGCACCAUCUGAGAAGUCCGAGCUGGGCGGAUAACACUUUGAUAGCUCAAUCAGGCCCUGCAUCUGCUCAGAAUUCAGAGUCAUUGCACAUGAAAGAGAAUGCAGCUUCUGUUGUCAGUUCCCUCCCGGCAGCUGUGCCAAAAAAAUCCAGCCCUUCAGCAGCAAGUGAGAUGGAGCAGCUCCGGCAACUCAAGCCUGUUUCUUGGAGUAGCACACCCACAUCCACAGUGCUAGCUUCCACAAGUUCUUUGCAACAUGAUUUUACUGCUCCAUCCUACGUAGAUGGGGCAGCUCUGUGGAGUGUCAGACCUGCUCUACCAGCAAAUUCACGGGGCUCUCCAAAUAAACUUGGUCAAGAGCUUCAGCUCCCAAGAUGGGCGGGUGCCUCAGUGUCAACAAAAAAAGAGCCUUCCACACCUCCUAAAAAAGAGGACACUAGAGUGUGGGACAUGACUAAUCCUCAAGUGAUACCGUCGACUGUUAGCCAGCCAGAGAAGCCAUGGAACGGCUGUGAGCUGCAAAAGCAGUGGGCUUCGGGCUUAGCGGGUGCAUCCACCUCAGCUCAAAUAGACCAAAGCAGUGCUAUGCCAAUUUCAACUCCUGUUUCUCAUGGGGUCGGUAGCACCUUGUGGGACAUACAAACACCACCGGGAAUUCCAAAGACUAUAAACUCUCCUGAGAAAUUAGUAAAUAAUCAAGAUUUUCAGCUGCAGCAAAAGCAGGUGUCAUCUGGGUGGGCCAACGUACAGAGUCAGACAACAACUCAGAAGGUCCCCAUCUCCAUUCAAUACGAGCCUCAUCGUUUUGGUCAGGGGAUGGGAACGCCAGUAUGGGGCUUCCAAAGUAAUCCCGUGGGUCCUCAAACACUGCUCACUGGACAACUCAAACCAGGGAAUGGACAGGAGCUGCAGCAACAGCCAAUGGUAACGGGCACUCAAAUAAUCAUUAAUCAGCCUUCUCCUUUUUUCUCACCUCCACUUGCUCCGCUCCCUCCUCUUGCUUUGCCAGGCCCUCACCCUCUUCACUCUGUCCCAGUUGGUGCACUCUCAAGACCUCCACACCCAAAUAUUUUUUUCACACCACAGGCAGUCAUGAGUGAGAGGCCACAUAUGCCACAGACCAUGCCCCUACCUCAGCUUGCCCCACGGACAGAACCUCACAAACUUGGACCCCGUUUGCCUUUUCCUCCAGAACGACUUCUCCAGUGCAUGAUAUGUGGGUGCUCUCUUCCUCGGGAGCUGGAUCUACAAAUGCAUUAUUUGCAACAUGCACAAGGAGAGAUUUGACAAUUCUACACUAGCAACAAGACUUAGUUAUGUUUUGUUUUUUUUAAUAAUUUUUCUUUCACAGUGGAACCUCAUUUAUUUCACCCUGAGUUGUGCAGUUUGACCAGUUUAGUAGAUGGGCAUUAGACACAAAAAGAUAAAAGUAGAACUUGAUUUAGUCUGCACUUUUCAUUUAAGUCUUCUGUCUCCACACGAGACUGCACAGAAUGAUGUUUGUAAAGUGUGUGUGUGUGUGUGUGUGUGUGUACAUGUGCCAUUAAAAUACUUUCACUUUCUUUUUAACUUUACAUAAGUUAUCCAAAUACUUAACUUGUCUAAACAACUUCCGAGGGGUGCAAAUUAAUGAGGUUCUAUGGCCUACAUUUCAUUUAUUGCCAAUGACCUUUAGAUUUAGAUAAUAUUAGUACUUUUAUAGUUCCGUUCACGUGUCCUGAACCAUUUGAACUGUGUUUCUUCAUGUACAGUAUACUGUGUGCCUUUUAUGAGUACAGUCUGCAUGUCUGCUGUCUUGGUAUUCUAGGCCUAGUUUGUGCUUGAGGUAGACUCAACAGUAUGACCUCACUCCCAAAACACAGAGCAACUCUUCCUAAGAAUCUGUAAAGAGAUGUAAGUUUUUGCUUUUGUGGAAGUGAGGGAUGGCUUGUUGGGCUCACAGAUUACAUGUGUCAGAUCAUACAAUGGAAAGCUGACUACAUACAGUAUAACUCUGUUUGGAAGUAUUUGUAUUCACAGUGCCAUGGGCUGGGUCCAGUUAUGCUGAUGUGGUUAAAGCAAAAGUAUCGGUAAACAAAAUGUGACCGUUACAUUUUAAGGUCAUCUCACAGCAAGAGUUUUCUGUAAAUUUAACUCUUGAGUGAUUAUUGGGAACAGGGGGAAAGUAGUGUUAUUACACAAUUAUUGAUGACACUGUUGUCAAAUAGUGACGUUUGUAAUAAACUAAACUUGGAUUUAUAUGAUGUUUUGUCAUUAAUAGUUUAUACAAUGACAAGACAAAUAUGAAACAGAUUAGAUACAGUGGGUGUUUUGCUCCAAUCAGUCCAAUCAAAUUCAGCAUAUUUUGACAAAUCAUCAAGACUGAUAAACUUGAUUAUUAAAUUUUAAACUGAUUCUGGGCAGUGUGUAACCCCUACUGUAAACUAAUGUGUAUCUUGUACCAGAAUGACUAUUUCAGAUUGGAAUGUACCCAUAUUUAUAAACUUAUGUCCACUUUGAGUACAAUUCAAUGUAUUUUUGUGAACACUGAAUGAUUUCAUUCCAAAACAGCAGAUUUAGCUAAGAACAGAGAUCUGUCUCACUGUUAUGACGACGGGCAUUUGAGUAGCUUUGUUGGCCCCAGUGCUGUAAGUAACUGAAAAUCUUCAUUACUGCUGUAUAAAAAAACACAAGAUCCAUCUGUUAAAACAAACAAACAAACAAACAAAAGAACAAAGUUCCUGUGCAUCCUAACAUUUAGUGUCUUAAGAUUAAAAAACAUGUGCCCUUCUACCUCUAUCCACUGUUUUAGCAUGGAAAGAAAUAGAAAGUUCCCAUGAUGUCUACGUAUUGGAUUAAAUAAAACUUGCCUUUGAUUAUAA